ACCACAUUUGCUCGAUCAAAACCCCAAAUCAUUUUUUCUGAAAACCCUGACUAUCUCAGCCUCGCAAACCAACCAACAUCAAUGGCGACAAUCAGCUUGAGAAAGGGAAACACAAGGCUCCCACCAGAAGUAAACAGGGUCCUCUACGUACGCAACUUGCCAUUCAACAUCACCUCCGAAGAGAUGUACGAUAUUUUUGGAAAAUAUGGUGCAAUCCGCCAGAUACGUAUCGGAACCAACAAGGAUACGCGAGGCACUGCCUUUGUAGUCUACGAAGACAUUUAUGAUGCCAAAACAGCAGUCGAUCACCUUUCUGGUUUUAACGUUGCGAAUCGGUACUUGAUUGUGUUGUAUUAUCAACAGGCGAAGAUGAGCAAGAAAUUUGACCAGAAGAAGAAAGAAGAGGAGAUUACUAAGCUUCAGGAAAAGUAUGGAGUUACUGCCAAAGAUCUUAAGUGAGUUCAUCGAAUUAGCACGUUAUUAUUGUCCGACCAAUUUUUAGGGCUUCUUAUUUCGAGAAUUUCUAAACACUGCUGAGGCGGUUCUGUAAUAUUCUGAUUUAGAUGAAUUUGAAUACAAAAUCUUCUUUCUGAAUUCAAAACAGUGCUUGCUUUACUUCUUUCAUGAAAUCGGUUAGGAAUUCAUGACCUAUUAGGGUUCGUGGAUUGCUUUUAGUUUGAUGUUCGAUUGUAAACAUGGAGAUGUUCUUGGAGAUUUAAGAACUUAUCUCGGCUGAUUGAUCCCCUUGUAAACAUCAAACAAGUUCAUAUUUUAUUUGUUUAAAGAUC